AUGAGCUCCGAAGACAUGGCGGAAGUUUCCCAGGGUGUUGCUGAUAUUAAAACUGGCGGUCCAGCCGGCGAGAGGAAAGAACAAAUUAUUACGCCUUGGGAUGUCGAAGGAGCCGUCGACGAUCAAGGUGUGGCUCAGGCAAUCGACUACGAUAAACUAUUGAAGCAGUUUGGCACCAAGAAAAUUACACCAGAGACUUUGGAAAGAUUCGAGCAAGUUACUGGACACAGACCUCACCAUUUCCUACGUAAAGGUCUAUUUUACAGUGAAAGAGAUUUGACCAAGAUUCUCGAUCUGUAUGAGCAGGGAAAACCAUUUUUCUUGUACACUGGUAGAGGACCUUCGAGUGAUUCGGUCCAUUUGGGCCAUAUGGUUCCUUUUAUUUUCACCAAGUGGUUGCAGGAUGUUUUCGAUGUUCCGUUGGUCAUCGAGCUGACAGAUGACGAGAAGUUCCUUUUCAAACAAAAAUUGACCAUCAAGGACGUCAAGAAGUUUGCUGCAGAUAACGCCAAGGAUAUUAUUGCGGUAGGCUUCAACCCAGAGAACACUUUCAUCUUCUCUGACCUUCAAUACAUGGGAGGUGGGUUCUACGAGACGGUUGUGCGUGUCUCGAGGCAAAUCACUGGGUCCACAGCUAAGGCUGUGUUUGGUUUCAACGAUUCGGACUGUAUCGGUAAGUUUCAUUUUGCUUCCAUUCAAAUUGCAUCGGCGUUCCCGAGCUCUUUCCCCGACGUACUUGGCUUGCCGGAUAAAGCGCCUUGUUUGAUUCCCUGUGCUAUCGACCAAGACCCAUACUUCAGAGUGUGCAGAGACGUUGCGGAUAAGUUGAAAUUCACUAAGCCCGCCUUGAUACAUUCCAAGUUUUUCCCAGCAUUGCAAGGUCCGACGACCAAGAUGUCGGCCUCUGACGAGACCAGCUCUAUCUUCAUGACCGAUACGCUGAAACAGAUCCAAAAGAAAAUCAACAAGUAUGCAUUCAGCGGUGGCCAAGUUUCGAUUGACCUACACAGGAAACUUGGUGGUAAUCCGGACGUCGAUGUUGCAUACCAGUACUUGUCAUUCUUUAAAGAUGAUGACGAGUUGUUGGCCGACCUUGCAGCAAAGUAUAAAUCCGGGGAUCUGCUCUCGGGUGAGAUGAAGAAGGCAUGCAUUGAGGUCCUCCAAGAGUUCGUCAAGAACUUCCAAGAGAAUAGGGCCAAGGUGGAUGAUGCGACUUUGGAAAAGUUCAUGAAGCCACAUAAACUGGUGUGGGGCCAGAAGGAAAGACUUGUGCCCGUCAAACCCAAAGAAUCGAAAGCCAAGAAAUAG